AUGAAGGGUCAAUUGUUGCCCCUGUUCGGCCUGCUAGCCGCUUCGGUUACGGCGCUGCGCCACAGUGAGAGCCACCGUAAGCUCUUGCAAUACUUGCGUGGAGCCGAGCCGGUGGACUAUCUCGAGGCUCAGGGUGGCCCCUCUGUCAUCCAGGCCAGGGAGCAGCCAGACAAGGCGUCGAAUAGUUUCCUGAAUGACAAGACCAAGAAAUAUGCCGUCGAUGGCGCAAAACUCCCCGAUGUUGACUUUGACCUGGGCCCGUCUUUCUCUGGACUGAUGCCCAUUAGCAACAAGGACAAGCUCGACAAUCUAUUCUUUUGGUUCUUCCCCUCGGACAACGAGGAGUUUAGGAAGAAGAAGGAAAUAACAAUUUGGCUCAAUGGAGGUCCUGGAUGCUCAUCGUUGCUGGGUUUCCUCCAAGAAAACGGUCCUAUGCAGUGGCGACCCGGUAUGUCGAAGCCGUUGGCCAACCCUUGGAGCUGGACUCACCUCACAAACGUGGUCUGGGUCGAGCAGCCCGUCAGCGUUGGCUUCUCCAAGGGAAAGGUGACGAUCCACAACGAGGACGAACUUGCCCAGCAAUUCAUGGGUUUCUGGAAGAACUUUGUCGACACGUUUAGCAUGCAGGGCUAUGACGUGUACAUCGCAGCCGAGUCGUACGGCGGCAUGUAUGGCCCGUACAUCAGCAGCCACUUUGUCAACGCCAAGGACACCAAGUACUACAACCUCAAGGGUCUGAUGGUUGUUGACGGCAUCAGCUUCGACUCAGACGUGCAGUCAGAGGUGAUUGUCGAGAGCUUCGUCGCGCAAAACUACGUCUUGAUGCCUUUUGACGACAUGACCAUGGCCGCCAUCCACAACGUGUCGGAGCAGUGCGGGUACAGAGACUACCUGAAAAAGUACUACGCCUAUCCUCCUGCCGGCCCGCAACCGUCUUCGACCCCGUGGACGCACAAGCUUGCCAAUGGCACCGUCGUCUACAAGGAUGGCUGCGGCAAUCUGUGGGACUUUGUCUUCAGGAAGGCCCUCAGCAACAACCCUUCGUUUAAUAUUUACAACCUCUUAAACUUUUCUCCCGCCCCCGUCUACGAUCCGCUCGGCGACAAGCCUUACUUCAACCGGGAAGACGUCAAAAAGGCGCUUCACGCCCCUCUGGACAUCCAAUGGGGCGAGUGCGUCGACACACCGUUUGUGCAAUACAAGGACAUGUCGGCCCCGCCAUCGCUGCGCGAGCUUCCAAACGUCAUUGACAAGACCAAGAACGUCAUGUAUGUCCAGGGAGGCAUGGACUUCAUCCUGCCUCCCAGCGGUGUCCUGCUGGGCAUCCAAAACAUGACGUGGGGAAACAAGAUGGGAUUCCAGUCGCGGCCCAGCGCUCCUUUCUACGUGCCUCGCUACGGCUACGACUUCAACGGCAACAAGUUUUACGGCAGCACCUUUGCCGAAAAGUCGGGCGUUUUGGGCACGACGCACGAAGAACGCGGGCUCACUGUUGUCGUGACGGUUCAGGCUGGACAUGAGGGCCCCGAGUUUGCGGGAGCCGCCUCGAUUAGGCAGCUCGAAAAGCUUCUGGGCAGAGUCAAGAGUCUUAGCGACACGGAGCCGUUUACGUUCCCGCAGCUGCGGAACAUUCCGCAGGAUAAGAAGCCUCUGGGCAAAGGAACCUAUCCCAUCCCCUUCCUGGGCACUGCGCCGUGCGAGUAG